AUGGCUUCAAUCUCCAACUUUCUUCUCAUUUUCUUUGCAACUCUCUUUAUCACAUCAGAAUCCAGAGUUGUUAGAGCCCCCUUCAGACCUAAUUCACUCGUUCUGCCGGUCCACAAGGACACUGCAACCGGCCUUCAUGUAGCCAAUAUUCGCAAGAGUACACCUCAAGUAUUGGUACCUUUUCUAGUUGAUCUAAAUGGAAAUUUCUUGUGGGUGGUUUGUGAUCAGAACUACUCGUCAUCAUCCUAUAAUGCUCCCUUUUGCCACUCCACACAAUGUUCACGUGCAGGAGACCAUUACUGCCAUAAAUGUCACUCUGCAGCUCGGCCCGGUUGCCAUAACAAUACUUGCGCUGUCCUGACUAUAAAUCCUCUAACUCAUCGUUAUACUGUUGGUGAACUUGCUCAGGAUGUCGUCUCAUUUCAGUCUAUGCAAGGAUCAAAAAUGGCUCAAAUUGCCACUAUUCCUAACUUCCUCUUUGCCUGUGCACCUUCAUCUCUUUUGCAAGGACCAUUCCCAAAAAGUGGUCAGGGAGUGGCUGGAUUAGGUCAUGCUCCAGUGGCUCUACCACUACAACUCGCUUCUCACUUCGGGUUUCCACAGCAAUUUUCUUUGUGCCUGUCUUCCUCCACCAACACUAGUGGUGGCAUUUUCUUUGGUAAUGCCCCUUACAAAUUAGCAACCGGCUUCAACAACAUUUCUAAGUCAAUGGCCUACACCCCUUUAUCCAUUGGUCCACAGGCAGAGUACUUUAUUCUAGUGAAGUCAAUAAAGAUAAACAACAAAACGGUUCCUUUUAACACUUCUUUACUAUCAGGCACCAGAGGAUUUGGAGGAACAUUGAUCAGUACAACAACACCUUACACAGUUCUUGAGCACUCAAUAUUCAAAACCUUUGUUAGUUUUUUCAUUGAACAGUUUGUAGGCGUCCCUCAAGAGGAAUCAGUACCACCCUUCGGACUCUGCUUCAACUCCAACUUGCCACCAACCCAUGUGGGUGGAUAUCCAAACAUUGAUUUUGUUAUGCAAAAUAGAAACGUUAGUUGGACCAUAUUGGGCGUUGAUUCACUGGUAAAUGCACGACCAAAUGUAUCUUGUUUAGCCUUUGUUGAUGGAGGGCUAAAUACCAGAGCUUCAAUCGUGAUUGGGGCGUAUCAUUUGGAGGACCAUCUUCUUCACUUUGAUCUAUCAAAUUCUAAGGUGGGUUUUAGCUCUUUACGUAAAUCCCAUCCUGUGAAUUGUGCUAACUUCAACUUCACCUCUGCACUCACUCCGGAGGAAGAUAGAAUGAGAGACUGA